AUCUCGGAGAACAUGCACAGAAUUAAAGUCUGACACUCUGGACAUCCAAUGCCAAAGGGGAUUUCGCACGGUGCCCUGCACCAGCCGUAUGCAGCCCGGGACUAAGGCAAACUUGGCGUGCAAACCAGGAUUCCAAUUACACAAAGAACCAGAGUUCACGCAAAUCAAUUGCGAAAAUGAUGGAAUUUGGGAUAAUUGUUUAUUCUCUUGUGAACCAGAAUGUGGUAAUCCAACACCAAUUGAAACUAUUUUUAAUUCGGACCCUCCUGUAACUUACUUAGCGGGUCAAUAUCCAUGGUAUGCUAUGUUGUUUACACGAAGAAAAGAUUUAAGAAAAGUACAAUUCCUAUUCAGUUGUGGGGGCUCUAUUAUCAACUCAAGAAUGAUAAUUACAACUGCUCUUUGCGCCCAUAAGCCAGACAUCGACUUGGACGAUCGCAGAGUUGUCGUAGGAUCUAGUGUGUUCAGAUUUAAUAAAACAGAGGAUAUUUAUGAUCAGCAUUAUGAAAUCGAAAAAAUCAUCGUUCCUAAGGGAUUUGAUACUAACCAUGAGGGUCGACCAAAUGAUAUUGCAAUCAUUCUUAUCAAAGGCGAAUUUACCUUUAGUGAUAUAAUUAAGCCUAUUUGUUUAGAAAGACUAUUUAAUGGACCCAUAGAAGAGCCAGAAAUUGGAGAAAUGGGAUACGUACCAGGGUAUAGCACCGAUAGUCAAACUUUUGAUACUGUACGUUUUGUGUAUAAUUUAUCAUUACCAUAUAUAUCGAAUACGAGUUGCGGAAAUUUCGAAUAUCCCUUCAAAAGAUAUUAUCAAUCUUAUGAUAAAUUCUGUGCAGGAAAUCUAAGUUUUGGGUUAGAAAUUCCAUUUGGUUUUUUGGGUGGCGGAUAUUUUGUUCCUGACUACAAGUCGUUUGAACCCGUGUACUUUUUAAAAGGCGUCGCUUCCGCCUAUGGUAGAUCUGUUGAUUUUUUUGCCAUUACUAACAUAUAUGUACAUCUACCAUGGAUUUUACUACAAGAGGUCGUUGACAAGUUCGGCUCAUUGUAAACUUCCUGCUAUACCAAAUAAUGGACGUUAUUUAAUUGGAGGGCA